CAACGAAGAAGAAGAAGACGCCCGUCUGUCCAUAAACCAACAUGGCGAAUAUUCGGUGUGUCAAGGGAAUGGUUGGCUUGGUGACGGGGGGUGCGUCUGGUUUGGGCCGGGCCACUGUGGAGCGUCUGAUCCAGAACGGAGCGUCGGCUGUUAUCCUGGACCUGCCCUCCUCUGAUGGACCGGCUCUGGCAGCCAGUCUGGGGGACCGCUGUGCCUUCGCUCCGGCAGAUGUGACGUCUGAAGCAGAGGUGCAGGCGGCCGUGUCCCUGGCCAGAGAGAAGUUUGGGAAGCUGGACUUGGCAGUUAAUUGUGCCGGCAUUGCUGUCGCCGUUAAAACGUACAACUUUAAGAAGAACCUAGCUCACAGCCUGGAGGACUUCCAGCGCGUGAUCAAUGUGAACAUCGCAGGAACCUUUAAUGUGAUUCGUCUAGCUGUGGGCGAGAUGGGGAAGAACGAGCCCGAUGCAGAUGGACACAGAGGCUGCAUCAUCAACACCGCCAGCGUGGCCGCCUUUGAUGGACAGGUCGGCCAGGCGGCAUAUUCGGCCUCUAAAGGCGGUAUCGUUGGAAUGACCCUCCCCAUUGCACGAGAUCUGGCUCCCAUGGGCAUCCGAGUCAUCACCAUCGCACCAGGUCUGUUCUCCACCCCCCUCCUGGCCGGCCUCCCAGAGAAGGUGCGAUCCUUUCUCGCCCGACAGGUGCCCUUCCCCUCUCGCCUGGGAGACCCCGCGGAGUUUGCCCACCUGGUGAUAUCGCUGGCUGAGAACCCCAUGAUUAACGGCGAGGUCAUCAGACUGGACGGAGCCAUUCGCAUGCAGCCCUGAGACCGAUGGCGUGUGUCCACGUUUACUAAAGGUGUUGAUCGCCACCUUCGUCGAUUUAAGAG